GAGAGUCUGGCCGCGGCCGGCGGCGCCGCCUCCUCGUCGGGCCGGGUACGGCGGGCCGGGGCCUUUGUGUGAGCCGGUGGCGGCGAUGGUGCUCGGGCCCCGCGGAGCCGGAUUAACUGUGCUGAUAAGGAGGCAACUUCCUAGGAGCUGCUAAGAUGGGCAUGAGGAUCAAACUGCAAAGCACCAACCACCCUAAUAACCUGCUGAAGGAACUCAACAAGUGUCGGCUCUCAGAGACCAUGUGCGAUGUCACCAUUGUGGUAGGGAGCCGCUCCUUCCCGGCCCACAAGGCCGUACUGGCCUGUGCAGCUGGCUACUUCCAGAACCUCUUCCUGAAUACUGGACUUGAUGCUGCCAGGACCUAUGUGGUCGACUUCAUUACUCCUGCCAACUUUGAGAAGAUUCUGAGCUUUGUCUAUACAUCAGAGCUCUUCACAGACCUGAUUAACGUUGGUGUUAUCUAUGAGGUGGCUGAGCGUCUGGGCAUGGAAGACCUCCUCCAGGCCUGUCAUUCCACCUUUCCUGACCUCGAGAGCACUGCUGUGACAAAGCCUCUGACUAGUACCAGUGACAACCAGUCCACCACCCUGAGUUGUCCCUCAGCAGAUCCUGCCCAUUCCCUUGGAGAACUCCGGGGUGGUGGGGAGCACUUAGGUCCUGAUAGAAACUAUGUGUUGUCCAGUGAUGUGGGAGGAAGCUAUAAAGAGGAAGAAAGAAAUGUUGCUAGUGAUGCUAAUCAUGGCUUGCCUCUGCCGCAACCAUCAUUGCCACCAAAGACAGAAGACCAUGAUGUCUGUACUCCUUUCACAUCUGUUUCUAGUAUCGUGACCCAGCCAGUCCUAGGCACUGUUAGCACAGGUAUCCAGACUAACACGAGCUCUUGCCAGCCAUACAAAGUUCAAAGCAAUGGAGAUUUCAGUAAAAACAGCUUCUUCACCCCUGACAAUGCAAUAGACAUUACCACUGGGACCAACUCCUGUAUGAGCAAUAGUGAACACUCCAAAGAUCCAGGCUUUGGGCAGAUGGAUGAGCUCCAGCUAGAGGACCUGGGAGAUGAUGACUUGCAGUUUGAAGACACUGCUGAGGAGAUUGGGACAGCUGAGGAGGUGAUCGAACUGAGUGAUGACAGUGAGGAUGAACUUUUUGGAGAGAAUGACAACCGAGAGAAUAAAGCUAUGCCCUGCCAGGUGUGCAAGAAAGUUCUAGAGCCCAACAUUCAGCUGAUCCGGCAACAUGCUCGGGACCAUGUGGACCUGCUGACAGGUAACUGCAAGGUCUGUGAGACCCACUUCCAGGACCGAAACUCUCGGGUGACCCACGUCCUGUCCCACAUUGGUAUUUUCCUCUUCUCUUGUGACAUGUGUGAAACAAAGUUCUUCACCCAGUGGCAGCUAACUCUUCACCGACGGGAUGGAAUAUUUGAGAACAACAUCAUUGUUCAUCCCAAUGAGCCCCUGCCUGGGAAGCUGGGUCUCUUUUCAGGGACAGCCUCACCAGAUUUGAAAUGUGCUGCCUGUGGGAAAGUAUUGGCCAAAGAUUUCCAUGUGGUCCGAGGACAUAUCCUCGACCAUCUGAACUUGAAGGGACAGGUCUGCAGUGUCUGUGACCAGCGCCACCUCAAUCUUUGCAGCCUCAUGUGGCACACACUCUCCCAUUUGGGCAUUUCGGUCUUCUCCUGCUCUGUCUGUGCCAGCAGCUUUGUGGACUGGCACCUCCUAGAGAAGCACAUGGCUGUGCACCAAAGCCUAGAAGAUGCCCUUUUCCGCUGCCAUUUAUGCAGCCAGAGCUUCAGGUCUGAGGCUGCCUAUCGCUACCAUGUCAGCCAGCACAAGUGCAACAGCAGUCUUGACAUAAGGCCUGGCUUGGGGCUACAGCACUCAGCCCUCCAGAAACGGAAGCUGCCAGCAGAGGAGUUCCUGAGUGAGGAUCUGGCUCUGCAGGGCCAACCUGGGAAUAGUAAGUACAGCUGCAAGGUCUGUGGCAAAAGGUUUGCCCAUACAAGUGAGUUCAACUACCACCGUCGGAUCCACACAGGCGAGAAGCCAUACCAGUGUAAGGUGUGCCACAAGUUCUUCCGAGGCCGUUCGACCAUCAAAUGCCACCUCAAGACACACUCGGGGGCACUCAUGUACCGCUGCACUGUGUGUGGCCACUACAGUUCUACCCUUAACCUCAUGAGCAAACAUGUUGGUGUGCACAAAGGCAGCCUGCCACCUGACUUCACCAUCGAGCAAACCUUCAUGUACAUUAUCCAUUCCAAAGAGGCCGAAAAGACCCCAGAUAGCUGACUGGUCCCAGUAGAGCCAGUGGGGAGCUUCCAGGUGGCAGCCAGGGUAGUGAUUUUCUAAUGGCUGUUGGUCCCUCCUCAGUGGGUGCUACAGUUUUGCCUUGCUAGGAAUUCUAUUCUGUGUUGUGUUUAAAGGAGAAAAAAAAAGAAAUAGCACAUAAGCUGUGACUGUUUUUGAGAAGCAAUGGCCCUAUUGCAUUUACCUCCAUACCUGUUCUUGCCCACACAGGGCUGUUUUUGAUUCUUUUGAGGCUGGUUUUGGGAUCUAGUCAAGCACUUAUGGCAGCUAGAUCCCUUUCCCCAGCCUGUCUAGUUUUAGUUUACUGUUAGGUUUCAUGCUGCUAAGAAUCCAACCAACAGCCUCACUGGAGAGGAUGUGGAGAGAGGUUUUCACUGUGGUUAUUAUAGCCAGACCUCCAACUGGGAUGACCAGCUAUGAGAAAGAUUUGGGGAAUGUGGUCAUUUGGAAGGGACUGGUUAGCAGGGGGGCUGCUCACCUCAGGUUCCAGGGCUAGCCCUUAGCAGGGGAAAGUUGUCAGAGAUGGAGGUACCUGCCUGCUCCAUAGCUCUAAUCUGCUGACUGGACAGUGAAAAUCUUUUGACAACUAGAUCCAAAAUGGGGACAAAGCUUUCUAUUUAUGUUGGAAAGCUUUGGGAUGACUCUUUGCCAGCAGAAGGGGUGUCCUGUAGUGCUGUUAGCAGUGGCAACCUGGAUGGACAGGAGAGGAGGCUUCUCUUUUCUCCUCAUUUCCAAAGAAGCACAACAUGGAAUGAUGGCCGAGAUGUCAGGCCUUCCCUGUGGAGCAGAGAGUAAGGGAAUAUAAUCAUCUGUUAUUCUGGUAGCCUCUAGUGACCUUGAGUUUCCUGGUGGAGAGGAGAGGGAGGUCUGACAGCAGCAACCUUGCCUUAAUUUACAUCGGUUUCCCACCCAGAAGGGUUUGGCCUAUAGGAUAGAUGGGAAGACCCAGGAGGUGUGCAGUGGUGGUAUAUUGUGAUCCCUUCAGGAUUAAAGGGACCUGAGUAACUGGUGGUAUGUAGCAGGGUGUGCAUUCUGACUGUCCCAGUCGGGUAACCUGUUGUUUACUUCUGUUCUAACAGUGCUGGAGCUUUGGCAGCUCACCUUUGACCUGCUGGAAUUGAUCUUGAUCUGUUUUUGCAUCACCUUCAGGGGGCGCUGUUGGGUGGAGCUGGUUCAGGCCCUCCUGGGUGACCCAGUCCAUGUAGCUGUUUGGCUUCAUUUUUAGUUGGUCUUUGAAGGGGUCUUGCCCAAAGAAGGCUGGAGGGAGAGGGCCCUCAGUCUUGCAUACUCAACGAGGUGGCACCUCAGUAGCUCAUACUACCUCACCCUGUUUAGGCGAGCUCUGGGAGUUCCUGGCCUCGCCUGACACUGCCCCUGGUGGGACUUAGCAACACCCGGGUUGUUUCACAAGCAAGCUAAUUAACUCACAAAGCCUUUUUGGAUGUUAAUAUUUAUUUAUUUUUUGUUUUUGUAUGCAUAUUACCCAGCAUCUCUUUUGGAUAAGAGAGUUCAGGAAAAUGAGUUUCUCCCCAGCAAGUAGCCAUAUUCCAGGGAAUAGUCCUGGUCAGAGAUUUGGGGAAUAGGAGUAUAAUCAGGGAGAAUGUGUCCAAGCCUUUUAAACAAGUCAGUUUUCUUGUCUCCACAUGUCUGUAGCAGAAUAAAUACACAGAGCCCUUUAGGUAAGUUGUAGAAAGUUUGGGCCAGUUAAAUUUCCAGACUUUUCAUUCCCCUUCCAUCCUGAGAUGGUGUAGAUUGGGGAUUGAGUUGAGAGGAUCAAGUCACAGGAAGGACCUUUUUACAGUUUCUUAUCCUUUCUAAACAUAGAGACCCUCCUGUCUUUGUUUGUAUUAAGAAACAUGGCCAAACCAAAGCUCUGUCUCUAAUAGGCCUGCUGCCUCUCUCCCUGGCUUGGAAUUGAGGAAGCCUCAGAAUGGAGCACAGGAAUCUCCAGUCCUUCACUAGAUGACAGGAGACUUUUAUGUGCCACUUCAAGGCACACUGUCCAGUUAAAGGCUCACCUUUAAACCCAACUUGGGACAUUUUACCAUCUAAACCCAACUUGGGACAUUCUCAGGAGAGAAGUUCUGAGACUUCAUUCCUGACUGUCUUCUCACUUUCUUAUGCUGACCAUUAGGAAUUUGAGAAGGGGACACGUAAUAGGCCACAGUCAAUCAUCUGCCAAGCUUUUCAAGCAUGAUGGUUACUCCCAGACUGUUGGUGAGGACUGAGUUUUGAGGGGUCAGUUUGAGAGAAAUAGUACUUACAGGUCAGAUAGCUAAAAGUAGAUAAACAUGCUGGAGAAAUCCUUUAAAAAAAAAAAAAACAGGCAUGGUGGAUGCUGGG